AUGACGGUCCCCUUUAAAGUAAAAGCGGUGUACGAAUACAAAUCGGAAGAGCCGGACGACCUCAAUUUCGAGAAUGGUCAGAUUAUCACAGUAACGGAGGACGAUGAUCCAGAUUGGUAUACUGGAGACUACACAUCCUCAGCGGGUCAAAAGUUGGAAGGUAUAUUUCCCAGAAAUUUCGUAGAGAAAUACGAACCCGCGAUACCUACAAGACCUGCUCGAGUCUCCAGGAGAGCUCCUCAACCUGAACCAGCCACGGAGCCUGAACCUUCACGGAUAGAGACGAAGUCAUAUUCGCCUAUUGCAGCCCUUCCUGCAGCAUAUGAGCCAUCGAGAGAGGCUGAGAUCGAGCCUCCUAAGCAGUUCUCCGAGCCUACACCGGCGUCCAAAGUCGAGCCACAACCUCCAGCUGUAGAGGAGCCAAAACCAAUGACGUCAAAGAAGGCUCCUCCUCCAGUCGUCGAGAAGCCGUCCUCUUUCAAGGAUCGUAUAGCUGCGUUCAACAAGCCAGCUGCUGCGCCUGUGGCCCCCUUCAAACCCCCAGCAACUGGUCAAUCCUUUAUCAAGAAGCCGUUUGUUGCUCCACCACCAAGUCGAAAUGCGUUCGUUCCUCCACCACGAGAUCUUCCACCACCAACAGUUUACAGGAGGGAGGAGGAGCCCGAAAUGGAAGAGCAAGAACAAGAACAUGUGCCUCCUCCAGUCGUGGUAUCUGAGAGGACCACGACAGAAGAGGAAGAUCAACCCAAGACCGAAACCUUAAAAGAGCGGAUCGCAAGAUUGCAGGCGCAGCAGCUUGAAAAUGCACAGCGACAAGCUGAAUCCACCAAGAAAAAGGAGAAACCUAAGAGACCUGUCAAGUCUCGAACUGAGUCAUCUGAUGCCGUUCCUGAGGUAGAAGAGGAAGGUGCUGCGCUUGAACAAACUUCUACGGAAAGACCACGACAUGAAGAGGAACGUCGACAAUCCUUGGAAGAGCAGACUGUGAACACUCCUCCACUGCCCUCCCGAGAACUAGUUAGCGAUACUAAUGAUGCCGACGAUUCGGGUGCUGCAGAUACCGAGGACCCUCAAGAUUUAUCGACUGAGGAAGAGAGGCCAAGGCCAAAGUCAAUCAAAUCUCCGCCCACAGCUGUGAACGACACUCCGCCCGAGCAGGAAGUGGGCGAGGAAGAUGCAGAAGAGGACGAGGAUCCUGAGAUCCGAAGAAGACGCGAGCUAAGAGAACGAAUGGCCAAGAUGAGCGGUGGAAUGGGCAUGAUGGGAAUGUUUGGGGGUGGGGCUGGCGCAGCUUCUGUCCCAAAGAGAGCAAAAUCCACAAGGGAGGAUCGACAUCCAGAAUCAGAACAAGUGGAAAAUAUACACAGAGCGCCUCCUAUACCCAUCAUGGCUCUUCCCGGAAUGGCGCAGAACAAAUCAAUACCGAAACCUGCUCCACCAAUAGACUCUGAUGAGGAAGUCGACCCUGCUAUACCUACCCCGCAGGCUCAUCAAGAAGCAGCUCAACCAGAGGACUAUGUCUCACACAGACCUUCCAGACGAUCAACCGAGCGGUCUCAGCCAUUGUCGCCGCGUGACAGAGCGCCUCCACCCCUACCUGAAGCUCGUCCGGAGCCCUUGCAAUCCCCUGGAGAGCGUCCUGUACCACCUCCGCCUCCACCUACUGCGAGAGCCGAAGUCCCUCCACUACUUGAGCCCGAAGAUGAUGAUGGAUCAAUUUAUGCAAAGCCCUUACCAACUGCCAUUUCUCGUGCUGUACCUCCACCACCUCUCAUCCAAUCACAAGCUCCAUCAGCCCAAGAACGUGCAGUACCACCUAUCCCAACGUCUCCUAUUUCGCCACAAUCGAGGGCUCCUCCUCCACCUCCGCCAGGUCAGCAACCUCCCAGAAGAUCCACCAACCAGUCCAGCAUCGUAUCGCCUCUCAGAGAUGAUAGUGAGGAUGAAGUAACCGAGUACGACGGUGACUAUGACACAGAUAUCGCUUCUAGCGCAAAACACAAAGAUGCUCGUAAGUCGCAUCACAGAGAGGCUAGUCUUGAAGAAAGCACAUUGAGCGAUGACACAGAAGACAGGACAAGCACUAUACGUGCGGCUCCUCCACCAAUUCCAAACAUAGCGUCUCGAGAUGCGGCUCCGCAGAGGUCAAGAGAUUCGUUCGACGCACCUCGAGCCGCUCCACCGCCGUUACCGCCAACGACGGUUAGACCCAGGGAGUCUCUAGAUGUGCCGAGAGCCGCACCUCCUCCAGUUCCACCGCCACAAGUCGCACCAAGAGAGUCGGUUGAGUUGCCACGAGCUGCUCCUCCACCAGUCCCGCAAUCGCCAGUGGUCAACGACGAUUACGAUCCAUAUCGGUAUUCACAGCAGUCCCUUGGCCCAGUGGUAGCCGAUCUGAGAAAGGCCACAGAUGAGUACAACGACGAUCAAGAAGAAGCCCCCGAAGUGCCUCAUCAUGCACCUCCUCUGAUGGAGCGAGCAGCUCCGCCUCUGCCACCACACCAAGCUCACAUGCAUCAGGAGCCUGAAUCAACAUCUAUGUCUGGUGCACUUGCCGCUCCCCCGAGCAGAUCAAUCGAGCUUGGCCGCAGUAACAGCCGCAGAUCAGCCGAUGUGUCGAGACCAAGCAUGGAUCAAGGUUUCAUCGCUGCAGAUAUAGAUCUUGCGCAAUCCUCAAUGUGGUGGAUAAGAGAUAAUACACCGCCACCGUCUUUGCUGAAUCGAUCGGACGUUCUUUGGGAGGUCGAGUCAUCCACAACUCAAAAACGUGGGGGUCGUUCUUCUGUGUCCCGUGAUAUCUACAUUCUCUACCAAGACUACUCUCAGUCCACUGUCAACGCAACUUACGACUCUCAUGAGCCGACACAUGUCUCGUUUGAGCAAAGUCACUCUCGUCCACCCAUGCCACCGCGCAAAGACCAACUUGAAUCCGCCUCCGAAAGCUUUGGCGUGCAAAUAGCCAAGUCAGCUGAGAAAGCUCUAGGUAGUACCAUUGGCGAAGGUACAGCACAAGAGUUUGUUCUCAGCCUCAUUCGUCCUCUUCAAACAGCACUACUACCCAUUGGUCUUCGUUCUUAUGGUGCGCUCGUUUAUGCAAAUCUGGCCAACGCUAGCACUCAACAGCAUGAUGAAAUCCGACCUGGUGAUAUUAUCACCUUUCGUGGCGCAAAAUUCGCUGGCCACAAAGGCGGCUUACACCAGAAGUAUGCGCAGGAUAUCGGUGCUCACGUCGCUGUUGUGAUUGACUGGGAUGGUACUAAGAAGAAGAUCAGGGCAUGGGAGCAAGGCGUGCAAGAAAAAGGCAAGAAGAGUAAAGUUCGCGAAGAGAGCUAUCGUGUCGGAGAUCUGAAGAGUGGUGAGGUACGUGUGUGGAGGGUCAUGCCGCGAAGUUGGGUGAAUUGGGGCAGCGGGUGA